UUACUUAGGCCUAUUAAUAACCCGUUGAAUUGAGGGGUCCUUUAACGGGCUGCGCAGAUUUCUACACUCAACUUGAUCUGCAGCUGGUUUGACAGAAUGGCGUCCAUGCUGAUGAACUCUCUGCGGAGCUGCCCGGCGAACUCCUCCCGGGCUCUUCACUUCGCUGCACGCUCUCUCGGCACAUCCGCACCUCUACAGGCACAAGCUAAAAGUAAGAAGACUCUGAGCAAGCCUGGCGUAAGGAACAUCGUUCUGGUUGAUGGAGUCCGUACACCGUUCCUGGUUUCUGGCACCACGUAUUCCGAUCUGAUGCCUCACGAUCUGGCGCGAGGAGCUUUACAAGGUUUGCUGAACAAAACCGGCAUUCCCAAAGACGCGGUGGAUUACAUCGUAUAUGGAACAGUCAUACAGGAAGUGAAGACCAGCAACGUGGCCCGAGAGGCUGCUCUGGGUGCCGGAUUCUCUGAUAAGAUCCCAGCUCACACUGUCACUAUGGCCUGCAUCUCCUCCAACCAGGCCAUGACUACAGGCAUAGGUCUAAUCGCAGCGGGGCAGUGCGACGCGGUGGUGGCCGGCGGAGUAGAGUUCAUGUCCGACGUCCCGAUCCGUCACAGCCGCAGGAUGAGGAAGACCAUGAUGUCUCUGAACAAGGCCAAGACUCUGGGCGCGCGUCUCUCCGUGCUCGGCUCCAUCCGACUCGCUCACCUCGCACCCGAGCUCCCCGCGGUAGCGGAGUUCUCCACGGCGGAGACGAUGGGACACUCGGCGGACCGUCUGGCCGCGGCGUUCGCCGUGUCCCGGAAGGAGCAGGACGAGUUUGCGGUGCGCUCUCACACUCUGGCGAAGAAAGCUCAGGACGAGGGGCUGCUCAGUGACGUCAUCGGCUUCUCAGUGCCGGGGAAGGACAUCGUCACUAAGGACAACGGUAUCCGUCCCAGCAGCAUGGAGCAGAUGAGCAGACUGAAGCCCGCCUUCGUCAAACCACACGGCACCGUCACCGCCGCUAACUCCUCCUACCUGACUGACGGGGCCUCCGCAGUGCUCAUCAUGUCUGAAGAGAAAGCACUCGCUCUGGGUUACAAGCCCAAAGCCUAUCUCAGAGACUUUGUGUACGUGUCUCAGGACCCCAAAGACCAGCUCCUGCUCGGUCCCACCUACGCCACUCCGAAGGUGCUGGAGCGGAGCGGUCUGACGCUGGCCGACAUCGACGUGUUCGAGUUCCACGAGGCUUUCGCUGGUCAGAUUUUGGCCAACCUGAAGGCGAUGGAGUCUGAUUGGUUCGCUCAGACCUACAUGGGCAGGAAAACAAAGGUGGGCGCUCCUCCCAUGGAGAAGUUUAACAUGUGGGGUGGCUCUCUGUCCAUCGGACACCCGUUCGGGGCCACCGGCUGUCGCCUGGUUACCACGGUAGCACACCGGCUCAAGAAGGAGGGGGGGCAGUAUGGCCUGGUGGCAGCGUGCGCCGCAGGGGGGCAGGGUCAUGCGAUGGUCAUUGAGGCAUAUCCGCAGUAGAGCAUACGCUCUAGCAUAUACACACACACAUACACGCCCAGAAUGAAUCGCAGAUUGUGUAAAUAAUAAAGAAUUAAACUUGCACCGCAAGGCCUUGAAGUAAGAAAGAAAGAAAGAAAGAAAGAAAAGCACUUGUUAAUGUAAUGGGAGUGUAAACCAGCUGAGGAGAAUCCUAACACGCUAACCGCAUGUGUGUUAAUAUCUACUAGCGUGCGCUUUGUCACUCGUUCUGCUAUAAGCAGGAGUGAUCCAGCGUCCACCCUGCGAGCCGCCUUUUCCAGGAUCCUGUAGAUAGUUCCUAUUCAAGAUGAUCUGUUUAGCUCUUAAUGAAAAGGUGUGAGGAUAUAACCCGGCUGAAAACACUCAUCCAGAAACUCAUCUGUGUGUGGACUAUGUAGCCACUAAGUCUUUUUUUUUUUUUUUUUUUUGUAAUAAUAUUGCCAAAUAAAAUAAAAAUAAACUGCG